GUAUGUAUGUACGUGUAUGAAAGUGUGCUCUAGCUUGCCAUGUGACUUCCGCCGCGCCUUCAACACACCUCUACAAACUCCGCGUGCUUUGUGUGUGUGUGCAGUAGUAGUAAAGUAGUCGAGUACAAGAGCAGACACCACACACACAGAUAAAGAGAGAUCAUGACUGCUAGCAGCGUCUGCAGAGAAGCUUCGACUCCCAAGAGAAAGUUGGAGAUAUCGUUCGGCGGCUGUGGAUUCCUGGGCGUGUAUCACGUCGGAGUUGGGAAAUGCGUCGUGGACCACGUACCCCAUCUCUUCGACGAGUUCUCGGGUUUCUACGGAGCCAGCGCCGGCGCCAUUACGGCCGUGUGCGCCGCAUGUAAGAGCGAUCCUAUGGUCCCGUACAAAUGGGUCAAGAAGACGUUCGAGGCGUCGCGGGAACACAAGUUGCUGGGCGCGCUACACCCGAGUUUCAACCUCUACGCGAGACUGAGGGAAUUUCUCGAAGGCUUUCUGCCCGAAGACGCGCACAAGAAGUGUCGGAACAAGGUCAAGAUCUCCAUGACGACUUUCGACGAGACGAAGACGAUCCCCGAACCCAAGAACUGGCUCGUUUCUAACUUCACGACGAGAAAGGAGCUGAUAAACGCUAUUAUUGGAAGCAGUUUCAUCCCAGGAUAUGCCGGUCUAAAAGACUUACCGAAAGUUCGCGGAAAGAGAUGUUGCGAUGGAGGAUUCACCAGCAACAUCCCUCGUGGACACGACCCAAACGUCAUAACAGUCUCACCAUUCAGCGGAGAGUGCGAUAUUUGUCCCCAGGGUGAAUCCCAUUCGCCCCACUUCCUCCACGUGGUCGACCAAUCACUACAACUCAGCACCAGAAAUCUCCAUCGACUGUUGAAGGCCCUCGUUCCCACCCAAUGGUCCGAACUGGAAGAUCUCUUCUACUGCGGCUACAAAGACGCCUACCGCUUCUUCAAACUCGAAGGUAUCAUCUCCGAGUCUCUGAUCCGCCCGGUUCGACGUCGCUCCACACUCCCCGCCCUCGAUUACAACACCACCAUCUCCGCUUCUAGAAAUAGCAACGUCAACGGUGCGGCUGCCGUUUCUAAAAAUAGCAGCACUCCGGUGAUGACGUCAUCGGAAAAGGAGGAAUCUUCGAGUGAUUACUGCAGUCAGUGUUCGGAUGUCGCUCCAAGCCGCACCCAUCGACGACAAUGCUCAAUUACAGUUUCCGUAAAUGGCGAUUUCUUCAGUUGCCUUGGUGACGACGAGGAAGACGGGGAGGUGGGGGAGAGGGACGGGGGGAAGGGGGAAAUUGGGAAGGUACCCUCUUAUCUGCGGUCGUUAUGGCGAGAGAUGGACCAGAUAAUGAAGGAUAUUGAGAGAGCAAGACGGCAGGAAGCACUAGAGAACCAACAUUCGUCGUCGUGGUCGAGGCUCAUGUGGCUGGUCAGGAGAUGCUCUCCUUCACGACUGCCGCUUGUUGGUUCCAUGGUUGGUGGUAGCCGUGGAAACGACCCCGCCGACCCCACCGACAGCAAGUCAGACGACUUUGAAGACAGCUGGGACCCAGAGUUGAGUGAUCAUCCAGGGAUAUUACACUCUAUUGCAUCAUCAUGGUCCAGUUCCAUGACUGUCAUGUGACCCAUCAUGUGACCAUCACAUUAUUACAUCAUUGUUACGUCAUCACGUGGUGCAUUAUUUAUACCAGCUGUAAACCACUGUUUCACCAAUAUUUAUUGCCCAGAAUACGAAAUUGCCAAUAUUUUGCAUCAGAAAACAACAUAAUAUAAUAAGUCUUUGGGUUUUGAUAAAAUAAUUAUAGCCGAUAUAUAAUAUGAAAGGCAUUUGUGUGCAAGCGCAGCAGUUGAAUAAGUAAAAUAUAUAAUAAUUAUUGUUCACACAUAAAGGUCACCACAUGAAGUGGUGGGUGGAGUUAUCAUGUUCCCAACGAACUGGAACAUUCAGAAACACCCAGAUGGCGGCGUAAUUGACUGCCACGUUGAGGAGAGCCUCAAACAGAAGAGGGAGAGAUCGGGAGGGAGAGGGAGGGGGGAGGUGUAGGCGCAACAUCGCGUGAGGUAUGAUGAAAUAUCGAAACUCUAAGAGUUGCUGAGGAACCAGAACUAGAAGACACACUGAACUGAAGAGAAGAAUCCUACAAAAAAAUCACAGGGAAGAUUAAACAUUUUGUAAGACAAUGGGUAACAAAUUUUAGAACUGACUUACCAUAGAGGAGCUUGGGUUUUAGCUGAAAAUACAUAUAGAGAGACAAUCAUAAGACAAAAGCAGGAAAAAUCAUUGCAAGUGGGAUUAAAGGGAAUGUGGUAGUAUUAUAGAUAAGGGCUAAAUUUAAAUUUAGAAAGAUAGCUAAACAAAGGGCUAAAUUUUGAAAGAUAGAGCUAAACAAAUUUAAAAAAACCAGUGCAAGAAUUCCAUUAGAUUUCCGUUUUUUUUUUAACGAUUUCUGACACAAAUCCUGACGUACUUGAUGUGUUGACAUAAUAAUGAAUUACCAAGAGAGUGCAGAAGGAAGGCAGUAGCGAUGGAGUAGAAUGGGGUGAGGAGGUAUUUGAUUGAUUCGUGGCGCUGAAAGACUUUUCUCCAGACGUAGAACGGAUAGUGGCGAUUGUCAGCCAGCAGGUAGGGAUGGACUUGUCUGCAUUGGGAACCAACGAUAAGAAAGAUGUCACCUGCUUUAGUGCCUCAUUCGCUUGCUCAAACCCUUACACCACACACACUCCCCUCCUCUUUGCUUACCACACCCUAUAUAUG